AUGAGUCGAAAAGCAAAUUUAGAAUCGGAUUCUAAGUACAGAGCAUAUUCUGCUGCAAUAGAUAAAUGUCUAAAAUCGUUUGAAUAUUCAAAUGAAUGGGCUGAUCUUAUUUCCUCUCUCGUCAGGCUAAUGAAGUUAAUUCAACAAUAUGAUCGCUAUGAUGUAAUCCCCAAAAAGCGCUUACUGGGCAAGCGUUUGGCUCAGUGCCUUCAUCCUGCACUACCUCCCGGCGUCCAUUGCAAAACUCUGGAAUGCUUUGAGCUCAUCUUUCCAAUAAUGGGUUCUGAUAAUUUGGCCGCUGAUAUUGGAAUUUUUGGGCCAUGCAUUUUUGGACUUCUUGGACCUUCGGCAAUGACUGUCAAACCUCUUCUCUUUAAUUUAUUUGAAACUUAUUUUCUGCCUCUCGGUGAUAAACUCCAUACCUCAUUUUUGGGUCUUUUACAGGGUCUUUUACCAGGUCUAGAAGAAGGGUCUGAAUUUUUCGAUCGCGGAAAUAUUGUUAUUGAAAAGUUUUGCAAAGUUGUUGGUCCGGAAUUCUUCUAUAGUUCUCUUUGGCAGGUCCUUAUUCAAGCACCAUCAGUGCGACAUUUUGGUACUGCUUAUAUCCUCAAUCACUUCAACAAAAGACGGCACCUUUCAACUCAGGCUUAUGUAUUUGGAAAUUCUACAUCUAUUCUAAUCCUACCUCACUUAUGCUAUGUGAUUUCAUCUUUACUUUGUCACUAUUUGAGCAGUGCUUAA